AGCACUAACAUGUUUUGUGGUGUCAUUCAUAUGCAGUACCCAUCAAGACGAGAGCACUGCAGUUCCAACAGGGGUGGAAGAGCCUCUUCACGCGGAACGAAAGUUCAUUGUGUUUGAGAGCUCCCUCCGAGAACUGCUCGCCAACUGCUCAGUCUGUGGCCAAGCAGUAGGCAACUUAAACUUCAGCGUAGUGGGAACUCUGGUCACUGUAGAGGGAGUCUGUGAGCAGCAGCACAAGCUUCGGUGGAGAAGCCAGCCACUUGUUCAAGGUAGUGGAGCUGGAGCUGGCAACCUUCUCCUGGCUGCUGGCAUCCUCUACUCGGGCUGUGUGGUGGCUGCAACGAUCCGGUGCCUCAACUCCAUUGGUGUACAGACCAUCACCGAGCGCACCUUCUACAAUUACCAGAGGGCCUACUUGCUCCCUGCAGUGAAACAGCUUUUCCUCAAGAAACAAGCAGUCAUGGUGAAUGCACUUGCUGACUUGCAAGUUGACCUGGCGGGUGAUGGGCGAUGUGACUCUCCAGGCUAUAGCGCCAAGUAUCUUACGUACAGUGUGCUUGCCAUGCAGAAUGGCUGCAUUUUACACACUGAGCAGGUGCAAGUCGGAGAGUCACCUGAAGUCCCCAACAGUGUCUCUAUGGAAAAGCAUGGACUUGCAAAGUGCCUGACUGCUGUGGAAAAGCUAGGCAUCAACAUAUGCUCGCUGACAACAGAUCGACAUCCUGGUGUCAAGCAAUACUGCCGCAAGAACAAGCCAAACAUGCCACACUGGUAUGAUGUUUGGCACGUGGGUAAAGGCCUCAAGAAAAAGCUCCUAGCUGCCAGCCGCAAACAUCGAGUUCUGUCUCCUUGGAUCCAAAGCAUCAUCAAUCAUCUUUACUGGGUUGCUGCAAUGGGCCAAGGAGAUGGUGACCUUGUUGUCAGCAUGUGGAGGAGUUUACUCAACCAUGUUUGUGACAAACAUGAUGGCCACGAUGGUCCUUACAAGAAAUGCCUCCAUGACCAGCUUGAGGAUAGGGAAUGGAUGAGCCCAACAUCACCUGCAUUUCAUCAACUGAAGACCAUCGUGGACAACCCUCUACUCUUGCGAGACAUCCGCCGGCUCUCUCCCGAGGUGCAAACAUUCUCAUUGGAGUCAUUCCACAAUGUGCUGAAUUGCUUCGCCCCGAAAUCUAAUGCUUUCUCAGAAGACGGCAUGCAAGCAAGGACAUGGCUCGCUGUCCUUCAUUUCAAUGAGAAUGCUGGACGGCAACAAGCACUUACUCGGGAGGGAGAGGAGCGAUGGAAAAUCAAGUCCUCUAAGGCGAGGCGAGGCCACUUCACUGUUGCUGCAGUCAAAGAGGAGCCUAGCUAUGGAUAUGUUGAAGAGCUGUUGCAACAUGCCCUGGACCUCUGCGAACACUCAUCAUACAAGGAGAGCUUUCAAGGCAGUGAAGAAGCUGCGCCGUGCCACAUGUCACUGGCCUAUGAACGGCCAUCAAAGGAGGAGCUCAUUGCUCAGAGGCGCACACGCUUUCCCACACCAUCGACCUCAUGA